CCUCAGUGGGGUUGGUUCAGGGGAAAAAAGAAAAAAACAUACUUAGGCCACGCCUUUUCUGCCUCUCACCCUGGAGUCAACUUUUGCAUUGACAAGUCCACAGAGACACUAAAGGACAAGUCGAGUGAGUUUCCUGUCUCCGAAUGAGGACUAUGUGCACACGGGAGGGCAAUGGCAGAGGCCGGCGCACUUGAAGAACUCCAAUCGGAACUCACCUGUCCAGUGUGUCUGGAGCUCUUCCGCGAUCCUGUCAUCCUCGAGUGCGGGCACCACUUCUGCCAAGUUUGCAUCAUUCAGUGCUGGGAGGCCAAGGCGGAAGAGCAGUCGACUUGCCCAAAGUGCCGCAAAACUUGCGCGAGGAAACUGCGGCCAAACUCGCUCCUGUGUAACGUGGUGGACAGCGUGCGUCGAGCCCGGGCCAUGGACUCUGCCGCCGCCGCCUCCGCGGGUGGGGCAGGCGCGCCGCCGCUGCCUCCCGGCUGGGUCCCGGAAGAUCUGCUGGAGGAGCGAGAACCCGGGUCCAGCAUGAGCAGCAUCGCCUCAUCCGUCGGACACUGGCCGCGCCUGUUCGGAAUGGAUAUGUGCGAGGAGCAUGAGGAGAAACUCAAGCUCUACUGCGAGGAUGACCAGCUGCCGAUAUGUUUAGUUUGUGGCAUGUCCCGGGACCACAAGACGCACAAUGUCAUCCCCAUCAACGAGGCCUUUGACAACUAUAAGCAUAAACUGUCUCUGGCUCUGGAGAGAGUUCAGCAGCAGUCGGAGGAUGCCUCACUUUUCCAAAAAGAAACAAAUGAAAAAAUCCUUCUCAUUAAGGAGCGAUCAGGGGAUCUGGAGGACAUGGUGACUGUGGAGUUUGGCCGUCUGAGGGAGUUCCUCCAGGAGGAAGAGGAUCGCAUCAAGCAAAAACUGCAGAAGCAAAAGGAGGAGAAGCUCAUUGAGCUGGAGGAGGCGCUCACAGAGGCCGCACAGCAAAGCAGCCAGCUGGAAAGCGCCGCUGACCAGCUUCACCUCAAACUGAUGGAGGAAGAAAACCCUGAGCAACUCAAGGGAAUUAAAGAUUUUAUUGGCGGGGCUGAGAACUUGUUUGAGCGCCCCCCGGAGGUGAGUGUGGAUCUGCAGUCUGGAGAGUUUGUGGGACCUUUGCAGUACAGGACCUGGAGGAAAAUGAUGGCAGUGUUUAAGCCUGCUGUCACCACGGUGUCAUUGGACCCGAACACAGCCUACCCCUGCCUGUGGGUUUCCUCAUGUCGCACCAGGGUUCAGGUGGGUAAAAUCCAGCCCAACCUGCCCAACAACCCGGAACGCUUUACUCGCUACAACAUCGUGCUAGGCACGGAGGCCUUUUCCUCGGGCAGACACUACUGGGAGGUGGAAGUGGGCUCCAAGACGGCGUGGGGUCUCGGCGUGGCCCGAGCCUCCGUCAACAGGAAGGAUGAGAUCAACCUCUGCCCGGAGGACGGUUUCUGGACCAUGGUGCUGAGGGACAACGGAGAUGGCACCUGCGAGUAUGAAGCAUGCACGGACACGGAGGAGGAUAGUUUGUUGUAUCCGGCCAAACCUCCCAGGCGGGUGGGCGUCUAUCUGGACUGCGGCCGCGGUGAGGUGGCCUUUUACGACGCCGGAGACAUGAGCCACCUGUUCACCUUCUACGAUGCCAAAUUCAACGAACCAGUUUACCCAUAUUUUAAUCCCUGGCCUAUUAUUAAAGGCUAUAACUGGGAGCCGCUGACCAUUGUCACGCCACACUGGGGAUAGUUGAAUCAGCACAUUUAGAUGCAAGAUGUUGAAACAAGAUUUCUGAGUCAAUGUAAUGUAUUGCGAAAAGCUUCAUGUUGACAGUGAACUCCCGCAUAUUUGCGUUUUGGUUUUUGCAAACUAACCUAUUUGUUGAUUUUUUUAUUUCAAACUAUACUCCGUUAUUUUCUGAAAAACCACAUGACAAAUGACAGUAUUCCUUUGCCGUUGGUGUCUUAGUAUUGAUGUGAGUUGAGAAGCAUUAUUUAGACCAAAAGUAGUCAUUUGCCACCAUUUAAUGGCAUCAGUAUAGGGAAUUAUAGUACAGUCCCUAUCCCUCAUGAAUAGCAGGGGUUCACUGUAAUGUGCAUAGGAAAAAAAACAUUAAAAGGACAAAAGCAAACAAAUAGCACAAUAAAGGAAACAACACUCUUGCAAUCAGUAUUUAUUCUUAUUUUUGCCAUUGGGGUACGUUAACAUGCCCAAAAACAUGAUUAUGCUGGUGAAAAUGCAUGAAUGUAUUUUAGAUGUCCCAUUUCAAACAUGACCCCUAAGAACUCACAAAAUGUGCUUCCUUGUAAAUUGGAGGAGGAGGAAAAACUGCCUUUGACACCUGUUUGUUCAACAUAAAAUUGAGUGGCCAUGUUUAUUAUAAGAGGAUGCCCAAAAAAGCAAAUUCUGGGGCUCAUGUUUAGACAAACAUCUACUCUGAAAUUUGCCAUACGAGGCGCAAUGCAAAAGAGACUAAAAGGUGUUUUUUAGGACUGAUUUUUGUGCAAUAUGCUAGUACACUGGGUUUUACGUUGUUAUUCAAAUUCUUAACUAACUAAGGCUUUUAAUCCAUGGUGUUUUUUUUCUUUUUUUCAAGUUGCGAAUUUCAAUUUGAGCCUUAAUUCAAAAUCCUUGAUAUUCAGUUUACGGUGAAUAUAUUUAGACUUUUUUUUGCCCUUACAAUUAUGAAAAUCCAACUCACUAAUAGGACAACUUUCUCACUUGUAUUUUUCCCCCCACUAAAUGGACAAAAAGCUCAUUGAUCUCCAAAUUGAGGUCCAUGUACUAGUUAGUAUGCUAUUAGUCCUCACAAGUGGGACAACUCUUGCUCUUUAGUAGGACAACAACAUUUUACUGCUAUGUCCUAAUUGACAGCAGUGUGGUGCCAGUACUACUCGUGACAGUCCACGAGUUAACAUCUAUUGAUUCACAAGUAGUAAUACUAGUCGUGUGUACAUCUUUAAAUGAGCCUUUAAUUAUCAGGCACAAUGUUUUUUUGUGAGUUAUUGUUAUAAUGUAUUAACACAGACGAGGCAGAGUUGUAACAAAGAACCAUUACGGUGGUAAACCUACUGUUUAUAGUUUCACCCUACCGCUGUGAAUAUCUUAUGUCCAAGUUAAUCCACUGAUUAGAUGUCACCUCAUAUGGCAUUCUACGUACAACGAGCUUCUUUUCCAGUGCCACCUUGAUAAAUAACUUUUGUGCUAUUAGAGCCAAUUGGAUAUCUGUCACCUGCAAUGCAAACAAAUAAAUAAUGAGAAGAA